AUGGCUUCCUAUAUCGAUAUCCAUAAAGAACGGCCAAGUCGCCCUGAGGAAUCCGAACCUCUCAAUGCCUUCUCUCCAUCAUCAUCCCAAUCCUCUUCAUCCUCACCAGCCAAUUCACGGCCGGGCACACCUCGUCCUCCACCUUUAUCUCCAUUGAACCCUCGAACACCCCUCGAACCGUUCGAGAUAAUGGAUACACCAUUAUUAGACACCCACCCACAUUCUCCACCAACAGUAUAUACAUCCCGUCAUAGAAGGACGGUGUUACUGUGUAUUUUAUUAGAAGUUUUUAUAAUAUUUAGUUUUGCGACGACGAGUUUACCGUUUACGAGGAUUGUGGAGAAUUCGGUUUGUCAGAGGUGGUAUGAGUUUGAGAAUAAGAACCAAACGUUGAUUGACGAGGGGAGGAAAGGAGGAGGGGGGUUUAUGCCUGAUGAGAAGCUCUGUAAGACAGAUGAGAUCCAGGCAGGUGUGGUGGAGAUUUUGGGGGUUUCGGAUACGAUUUCUACAGUUGUUUGUUCGAACCCGCUGGCAUUUGAUCCACGGUUGUUUUGGGUUAUACCGUUAUUUGAUUUAAUCGGUGGUGGGUUUACGUUCUUUGGGAUUAUGAUGCGAACGGUGAUUGCUGAGAAUACGCCAAAGGAUGAUUUAGCGGCGGUAUAUUAUAAACUUACCGGAUUUAACAUUCUAUCGACCUUCCUGGGGACUACACUGGGUUCUUGGUUGAUGGGUAUCAUCAGCCCGGUGAAAGUUCUUUAUAUGGGAGUUGUCCUCUUCGUCGUGUUAUCGGUACCUACGAUCCUCCUCCUCCCGCCUGCACUACCCGAAAAGGAGAAAAACAUGUACGACGACAUACGGUCGUCGCAAUACCCAGAAACGGCAGAUGACAACUAUGCAGACGACGAAGAUACCACAGCAGCGCCACGUCGAAAAGCAACUUUGUACCAAAGAUUCCUAGAACAAGCAAGGUCGAAAACAAAUCUAUACGCAUCAGUCAAGACUUUAUUAUUCGAACAACGGGCGAUUAGGAAUGCGCUGGUGAUAUUGUUUUUCAACAUGAUCGCAAGAGGAGUUAGGAUUCCGUUUCAGACGUGGGUGUCUAAACGGUACUCUUGGACGUUGUCUAAGACGGGGAUUGUGCUGUCGUUCGAAUCCCUGAUGGGGGCGGUGGUGUUAUUGUUACUACCAUUUGCGAAAUCAAAGAUCGAAAGGGUGGUUUCCGGGAAGGGUAGUCUAUGGCGGAAGCUGCGAUUCCCACCAGACCUAAUGAUCGCAACGUUAUCAUUGGUGGCGCAAACAUUAUCAGCGAUACUUCUGACAGUAACAGCGUCGGAAUUCUUUUUGGUGAUGUCGUUGGUUGUUAACGCGCCAGCACGGGCGUUCUUUGAUGGAUUGAGAAGCCAUUGUAUAGCCCAGGCGAAGGAGAGCGAGAUUAUGAUCAUUCACAUGGCAUUUGUGAUUGUUGAGAUCAUGUCGGGAAUACUGAACGGGCCGUUGUGGAUUAAAGUGUACGCGUUCACAUAUUCCGAGGGGAAUGUGACGGGGUUGGGGAUGGGACUGCCGUUUGCUAUUUGCGCGGUGCUGACUGGGGGCAUCGUGGCGGGGAUGGGAUGGGCGAGGGGGAAUCCCAAGUUUUAA